UAUAUGAAUGGCAGAGGAGGUUUAUAAUGGCAAAAUAGUGCAAACGGUAAGUUACGUAUGGUCGGUACAAAAUUACAAGGAGCAACGGCAUGUUGGGUACGGUGUUGCCCUCGAAAGCCCGGCAUUCGAGGGGCCGGAUGGUCACUCAUUCAAGAUCAAAUUCUACCCAUCUGGAGCUACACAAGAGGACUACAUUGACUAUUUUGCGGCAUUCGCCAUUGAAUCUACGCAAACAGCAGAGCUCCUUGUUAGUUUCCGGAUAGUAAAUCCAUAUCCAUUUUCACCCAACGUCAAGACUUCCUCAUUUCAUAAAAGAGGCUUUUAUAGGCGUGUACUUACUGUCCAAGCUGGACAUACGUCUCCCUGCCUACAUGUGUUUACCCCAUAUCUGAAGGCUUGCAUUGGGAUGCGAUAUUCCCUCAAGAUUAAGGCAACAAUUGGGGUUUUUACCAAUACCGACGACCCACUAGUUGACCGUUGCCUGUUUUUUCAAGUAGGUUAUAUGCGAUUCUUCGCAGAGCAGUCUAUAGUACAAAAAAGAUGUCCCGCUCUUCUACUAAAUGCCGAUUCCGAUGCCGACAUUGUUAUUUCGGAUGUUGAACCAGAUUUAUUUGACGCUCUGUUGUGGUUUAUAUAUAACAAGAAGGUUCAUUCUCGUGACCUACAAGAUAUCCAAAAAUCCAACUGGCGUGAUCCCAAUUCGUUUCGCAUGCAGAUAAGGACACUAUCUAUACGCUACCAAUUGCCCGGUUUCGCUGACAAUGCAGAGGUGUAUUUAGAAGAUUUAUAUCGCCCAUUUUUGAAAGCAUGGAGCACUGUACGGCGGAUUACCAGUAAGGUAGCUAAAGUUAAGCCUGAUCCAAAAGCUAAGUGAUUCACAAAUGAUGGAUUGAAGGAAGAUUGGUGUGCCUA